GACGGACACGAUACAAUAUCUCGUAUUAACGAUCGCUAAUGCAGUGAGAAACAUAUUGCCGUUUUGUUUACAAUACAAAAUUGAUAUGUCUAAAUCGGAAGAAAACCCUGGAUUGGAGGCUGAAGAAUCUCUCUUGUACUCAGCUAGACACGGAGAGCUGUCUGUAGUUAAAGCUCUUUUGGAAGCUAAAAAUGAAGGAAACUUAAGAUUGGAUAUAAACUGCAAAGGCAAAAGUAAAAGCAACUUAGGAUGGACCCCCCUCCACUUGGCCACAUACUUCGGUCACAAGGAUGUCGUAGAGGCUCUGUUAGACGCCGGUGUCGAUGUAGACGAAGUAAACGACACUGGAGACACGGCCUUGCACAAGGCGUCGUUUAUUGGUAACGAGGAGUUAGUAAUUCUACUCCUGAACUACAAAGCGGAUGUAAAUAUAAUGAACGGCGAAGGUCGUACCGCGGCGGACGUGUGUAAGACACAGGAUGUUCAGAGGUUACUUGAAGCGGCUAGCCUGGCUGAAAGGAGGGACAGGGAACGAAAGCUAUUGACCGCUGCAAGGGAGGGGAGAGUUGAGGAAGUACAAGAACUGUUAAGUGUUUCAAGUCCUCCGAACAUAAACUGUGUGGACGCACAAGGGAACACUUGCCUCCACUGCGCUGCUUAUCGUGGACACACUCGCGUUGCUGUAUUACUACUACAGAAUGGAGUUGAUACCACGCUUAGGAAUAAUAGCGGUCAGCUAGCAAUAGACCUAGCGAAGGAUAACGAAAUGCGUGAAGUGCUUAGUGUUCGUCCCGUUCAGCGCUUACAACGUACUGCAGCGAGGUUUGAAGGACCAUUGCUUAAACGUUCACGAUUUCUCGGCUGGAGACCGUUAUGGGCUGUUUUACAACGUGGCGUGUUACUUUACUACGGUUCCCGGGCGGAAGCUGCCCGUGAAGGUGGUCGUUGGCGAGACCGGAAGUACUUAGAUGGAGCGAAGGUGAACGCCCCGGACACUGAACCGGCACUCAUCGUCAUCGGUUUCAGUGAUGGGGAUAACCAUCGCCUCGCUGUUCAACAAGGGGAAAGUGUUUCCGCUUGUCGUCAGUCUUGGAUCACAGCUCUAAAAGAACACAUCGCGUAUUCCGGUCACUAUUUAUGGGCAGGCGCGUGUCCUGAUGCCGCUAAGGAGGCGACUGAAGAUCUCGAAGACGAGUGCAAACCGCUAGGCUCGAUGCAAGACGCACUAACAGCGGCUACAAAUAGUCUGGCAAUGCUCGACACACAGUUGCGUGAGUGCAGCGCCAUUGUUGCGGCGCUUGACCGCAGUGUCACUGUCGGUAGUUCGCUCCACCACUCCGCUUGUAUGCGUUUCCAACACGCGUGUGGGUCGGGGCAGGCGGCGCUGACGGCGCUGAGGCACUGCGCCGCGCUGGUGGCGCAGGCGCGCGACCGGGACUCGCACGCGCUGGCGCGGCAGAUAGAGAGGAACCGAGUGCUAGAGGAGGCCCUGGCCGCACUGGCGCGGACGCACCACGCGCUGGAGAUGUCGGUAGCGGAAGAACUGACUAAGAGUAAGAGGAAAAAGAGGCUUUCCCAAUCGACAAAUGAUUCGAAGGAGAAUUUCUACGACGUAUACGAAGGUAAAACUAACUUUUUAAUUUUUUUCACAGAUUCCGAUGACGACACCUUGGUCACAGCGGGUUUGUCGAGUCCUUUAGGAGCCCUUAGCCCCUGGGGCAGCAGUCCUGAUCUCACAAGGAGGACUCCGAUUGGAAGCGUCGAUGGAGACGGUGAGCGGACCCCCACAAAGGCCGACGGCGAGGAGAGAAGCCCGCGCUCGGUGUCUCCCGCGCUCAGCCCCGCCAGUUCUCUGGGCACGUUGGUCUCGCAAGGCGGACACGUGUACAGAAACGCGCGGCCCUACGCGCGCUCCGGCAAACCCAGGACCACAUUACCAGUUGCCCAAUUCAGCCGAGGUGACUUCUCGCUCUGGUCGGUCCUGAAGAACUGCGUUGGCAAGGAGCUGUCCAAGAUCACCAUGCCAGUAGUAUUCAACGAGCCGCUGUCCUUCCUGCAGCGAAUGCUGGAGUACCUCGAAUAUGCUCAUCUACUCAGGAUGGCUUCGGAACAGACCGAUCCAGUGGCUAGGAUGGAGUACAUUGCUGCGUUCGCGGUAAGUGCUCUAGCGUCGAACUGGGAGCGUCUAGGAAAGCCGUUCAACCCUCUGCUCGGCGAGACUUACGAGUUAGAGCGACCGGAGUUCAGAGCUGUGUGCGAACAGGUGUCGCACCACCCUCCAGUAUCGGCUUUCCACGCCGAUAGCCCCCACUUCGUGUUCCACGGCUCUGUACACCCUAAGCUGAAAUUUUGCGGCAAGAGCGUUGAGAUUCAACCUAAGGGACAUGUCACUGUUGAGCUGCCCAGGUGGGGUGAGGCUUAUACCUGGACCAAUGUGAACUGCUGCGUACACAACGUGAUCGUUGGCAAGCUCUGGAUCGAGCAGUACGGAGCUAUGGAGGUGACCUGCCAUGGUGGCGCAGGUCUUAAAGCGAACCUCGCGUUUAAACCAGCUGGCUUCAACAACAGGGAUUUGCACAGAGUCGAUGGAUUCAUUGUUGACCAAAGCAAAAAGCGCCUGAAAUACCUUUACGGUAAAUGGACGGAAUAUAUCAAGUGCUGCAGCGCGGCCGCAUAUGAGCAAUGGGCUCGAGAGAAGGGCGAAGACGGGCAGACUCCAUCGCACACGCCUAAGAAGGUGCUCGCUAAGCUUAACAGCUUCAAAGUGGGUGCACUUCGGUCUAUGUCUAUACAGGAUAACGAUGAAGCAGAAAAUUCAGAAGAAGUACCGAAACCUGACGAGUCCUAUAACAUUGACAUUCCAGGAUCCGUGACGCUCUGGGAAGCUCGACCGAGACCCAGCAGUAGUGCUCAGUAUUACCAAUUCACUGAAUUCGCGAUGUCGCUGAACGAAUUAGAACGAGACAUGAAGGGCCAGCUGUGUCCCACGGACAGUCGCCUGCGACCGGACAUUCGGUUGUUGGAGCAGGGUGACAUCGACGGAGCAGCGGCCGAGAAGACCAGGCUUGAAGAGAAGCAGCGAUCAGCGAGGAAGGUUCUUAAGAAGAACGUUGAUGCUUGGCAGCCGAGGUGGUUCAGUCAAGGCACCAAUCCUUACACGAAACAAGAGGACUGGCUCUACAACGGAGGCUACUGGGACCGCAAUUACCAGCAUCUCAAAGAUGUUGAUAUAUUUUAAACCUUCUAUUUCAGCCUUGUUGCUAUAUUCAGAAAACGAUUCGUUUUACUUACGAAUCGUUUUCGAUAUAUAGAACCCAGGCUUUAGUCCUACACAAUACAUAUAUGUCGUAAAGUUUUUGAUGUCUAAAACGAGGUAACGAUGAAAUAAUAAAAAGUUUGAUAAAAUGAACAUUCAAAAAUGAGCACCGCUAGCUAUGUAGUUUGAAUUGUAGUAGUUACAAAUGUAUUUCGAAGUUUUGUAAACGUAAAAAAUGGUAUAUUAAAACGUAUAUAUAAAAA